AUGCUGUCCAGAGCCUUGAUUCGUGCUCCCCUGCGAGCCGGGAACCCCGCCGCCAGACAGAUCCUCCUUCGCCGAAACUAUGCCUCCCAGGCCGGUUCGACCUUCACCAAGGAGCGUGAGGCCGUCAAGGCUCACGCUGCUCAGUCCAGCGAACUCUGGCGCAAACUCUCCCUCUAUGUCGCCAUUCCAGCCUUGAUCCUCUCCUCUAUCAAUGCUUACAACCUCUGGAACGAGCAUUGGGAGCACGAAUCUCACCUCCCACCUCAGGAGGAGCGUCCACAAUACCCAUACCUUAAUAUCAGAGUUAAGAGGUUCCCAUGGGGUGAUGGAGACAAGACUCUCUUCUGGAAUGACAACGUCAACUACAAGAAGUCAGACGAGUAA